AUGGAUAUCUGGUCUGGCUCGAUCUCAGUCGAGUCCUCCUCGGCCUCAGCAAACAUCGUGCCCCUUGAAGAUCUCCGCCUCUCCACGCCCUCCUCCACCACCACCCCCUCCUCCGUCCUCUCCCACCUCACCAGCAGCCUCUCCUCCGCCCGCCUCUCCGCCCUCUCCAUCAUCGACCCCACCCGCAUCCCGCUCUACCUCGCCGCCGGCCCCUCCCUCGAGCUCACAACAACCUCCCCCGCAACCGCCUCCUACUUCCGCAAACUCUUCCUCUCCACCCUCCCCACAGACGACACCCUCCGCACCACAACCCAAUCCCGCGCCGCCCUCCUCGUCCGCAUUACUAACGAUACCCCCGCUGCCCCGGGCUCCUGGAAACUAACAGAACUUGUAAUCUACGCCGCCAUCACACACCUGCCCCCCCAACAACCACUCCUAACAACCACAACAGCAGACCUAACACCCCCCAACUCCUCCCCGCCCGCCGACGCCACCGCCGCCGCACCAACAGUCCUUGUAACCGUCCACGCCCUCCCGCUCUCGUCGCACCAUGCCUUCUUGAUAUACAUGGCUGUGGUGAAGCCGCACGCCGAACCGCUCUUUAUCGCCCCGAACCCGCAGGAGAUACUAAACCCGUCGAUCUCACAGUCCGCGAAGAAGCGCGGCGCGGCAGUGCUCGAUGCCGCCGCGGACCCGCGGAAGCGCGCGAAGAGGAGUGUGCAGCCGCAGCCACCGCAGCCGCCGCCGCUGACGCUGCUGGGCGGCGCCGCGCUGAACCACCGGAAGAUGAGUGUGGGUGGGGGUGCGGCGGGGGCGGGGGCGGGCGCGGGCGCGGGGGUGAUGGUGAAGAGGGAGAGGACGCCGUCGCCGGCGCCGUCGCUGUCGGUGAAUCGGUCGUUUGGCAGUGGUGGUGGGAGCGGGGGCGGGAGGGGGCUGAAGAGGAGUGAGUCGUCGGCGACGAUGCGGUCGGCGGUGGGGGCGGUGGCGAGGAAGGAGGUGUAUGGUGAGGUUGAGACGCGGAACCGUGCGGAGCUGGCGAAGGUUGUGGUGGCGGGGAUGAGGGCGUGUGGGUUGAAGGACUAUCGCGGUGGCAGGGGGAGGUCGAUUGUGGGCGUGGAGGACGACGAGGAGGGCGAGAGGGAGAGGGAGAGGGAGAGGGAGAAGGAGGAGUAUAAGCAGGUCUAUUAUCAUACGGUCAAGGCGGCUGCGUUUGCGUUGAGGAACGUCAUCGCCGCUGGCACCGUGGGCCAGGACAGGAUGAGGGACGUGGUGGAUAGGCUCCUGGCGGUCUUCUGUGAACCCAGGACUGGACAGCUGAUGUUGGAGGCGGCGGCUGCGCAGGCGGCGGACGAGUAG